UGUGAACUGUCACCUGAACCUUCAUGAAUUCAAAUUCUAAACAAAACAGCGUGGUAAGGUGAAACAUAAAUGCUAGUGUAAACCUAAGAUAUGCAAACGUGAAGAGUAAGUUAUUAAAUGUGUGCCUAUUAUUCUCUGUAAUUCAAAUCCAGUAGAACAAUUUUCCUUUACAAAUGAGUAAAAAACAAAAAAGAUACUUCGAUGCUGCUGAAGAUGACAGGAAGAGUAAAUUCAAACCGGCUAUCGGUGAUUCCGAUGGAAGCACCAGCUUGAUCAAAAAGGAAAGAGUCAAACAAGAAUCAAAACAUGCGUUAGAUCCGAUGGCUAUCGUAAAAACAAUAAAGGUCAACGAUCAAAUUGCACAUCGUUUCGGACCAAAAAGAGGCAAGCAGAAUAAAAAGUUGCGCGAGAUUCCCGUUGACCCGGAGGCACUGAAGCGGCACUCCCGCGGGGACGGACUUAGUCUCGGUGGUAUUAAAAGCAAAUUUCAGAAAAUACGACAAAAACGUAAAGAGAUCAACAUCGAAUUUGCUGCUGAGCAAGCGGCACGAGCCGAAGUUCUACUCAACGAGGAUGAAGGGUACUUGGAGGUUGAUGAUGAUGAGACAACAACCGAGGUUACCCAGGCAGAAAUAGUCGACAAUGUUGAUAUUACGACAGCAGCAAAGCAUUUCAAUUUGCAGCUUGAAUUUGGGCCAUAUCGUAUGCGGUACACUAAGAAUGGAAGUUAUCUUUUGCUUGGUGGGAAAAAGGGUCACGUAGCCGCAUUCAAUUGGGUGAGAAAAUCGCUUUUAUGUGAAAUGAAUGUGAUGGAAUCUGUGCAUGAUGUAGCGUGGCUAAUGAAUCAAACAAUGUUUGCUGUUGCCCAGAAAAAUUGGGUCCACGUGUAUGAUAGCAAAGGUACCGAGAUACAUUGUAUUAAGGGUAUGAAUCGUGUGACAAGACUGGAAUACCUUCCGUAUCACUUUUUGCUGAAUUCAGCAAAUGAAGAUGGUUAUUUAUCAUGGAUGGACGUUUCGAUAGGAAAAACUGUUACUUCCUACAAUUCUAGGCUGGGUCCAAUCAGCAUGAUGUGUCAAAAUCCGUGGAAUGCCGUCACUUGUGUUGGAAAUUCCAAAGGCGUUGUUUCCAUGUGGGCUCCUUCGAUACAUCAACCAUUGGCCAAAAUGCUCUGCCAUUCAAUGCCUCUGACAGCUAUUGCUAUUGAUCCCAGUGGGAUUCAAAUGGCAACUGCAGGCCUUGAUCGUACCAUCAAAAUUUGGGACGUUCGUCAGCUAGAAGGUCCUACACAAACCUACAAACUGCAGACUGCUGCUUCUGGCAUCGACCUAUCCCAAAAAGGCCUAAUGGCGAUUUCAUUAGGCAACAUAUGCGAAAUAUACAAAAAGCCUAAUCUAGUUCAACGAGAUAUGCAUCCCUAUCUACGACAACGUUUGCCAACAACCAUAUCCAAUGUCCGUUUCUGUCCGUACGAAGAUAUCUUGGGUAUCGCCACAGCCACUGGUUUCACUUCUAUAAUCGUACCCGGUUCAGGAGAACCUAACUUCGAUACGUUGGAAGCGAAUCCGUUCCAAUCCUUGUCACAACGUCGUGAAGACGAAGUUCACAGCUUGCUGGAGAAAAUCCCGUCCGAGUUCAUUUCCCUUAAUCCGACCCAAAUUGGAGAGGUGGAUGUACCGUCGAUGAAGGAUCGACUGGAAACGAAAGCUAAAUUAUUGACAAUGAAAGUACCCAAGAUCGAUUUUGAGCCGCGAAUGAAGAAUCGGAUGUCAAAAGCUAAGCGUUUCCGUAACAAGCAGAUAGUGAAAGACGUCAAACGAAAGGAGCUCAUCCAGAGCAUCAAGGAGGCGAAACAAACGCUGAAGGAAGAACUUUCGGUGGAAACGCCUGACUUUAUCCCGCUUGAAUCCAGGAGUGUUCUUGAUAGGUUUAAGGAUAAGAAGAAGAUGAAGAAAAAAUAAUAUUUUGUAUGUGAAAUACUGGUAAAUAGAAUGAAAACAUCCAACAA